AAGAUUGUCCCUUCCCCUCAAGUUUUUCUUUUUCUUCUUUCUUCCCCUAUCCAUAAAUCUCUUUGUUGUUUAUUCUUCCUUAACUUUAGAAUAAACAAUUUUUUAAAACACCCUUAUAAAAGACAAACUACAUAUACCGAACCUUACUCUUUUAACAGUACCAUGAGAGAAGUUAUUUCUAUCCACGUUGGUCAAGCCGGUGUCCAGAUUGGUAAUGCCUGCUGGGAACUCUACUGUCUUGAGCAUGGCAUUCAACCUGAUGGUCAUAUUCCUGAUGAACAUAACACAGGUGAUGAUUCCUUCGACACUUUCUUCAGCGAAACUAGCUCAGGAAAGCACGUACCUCGUACUGUCAUGGUGGAUUUGGAACCUACUGUCGUUGAUGAAGUUCGUACUGGUCCUUAUCGUCAAUUGUUCCAUCCUGAACAACUUAUUACUGGUAAGGAAGAUGCUGCCAACAACUACGCUCGUGGUCAUUAUACCGUCGGUAAGGAAUUGGUCGACUCCGUUUUGGAUCGUAUUCGUAAAUUAGCAGACAACUGUACCGGUCUCCAAGGUUUCUUGGUCUUCCACUCCUUCGGUGGUGGUACCGGUUCCGGUUUCGGUGCUCUUUUGAUGGAGCGUCUUUCUGUCGAUUAUGGCAAGAAGUCUAAGCUUGAAUUCUCAGUCUACCCUGCUCCCCAAGUCGCCACUUCCGUCGUUGAGCCUUAUAACUCUAUCUUGACUACUCAUACCACUUUGGAACAUUCUGAUGUCUCUUUCAUGGUCGAUAAUGAAGCUAUUUACGACAUUUGUCGCCGUAACUUGGACAUCGAGCGUCCCUCUUAUACCAACUUGAACCGUUUGAUCGCUCAAGUCGUCUCUUCUAUCACUGCCUCUUUACGUUUCGAUGGUUCCCUUAAUGUUGAUUUGAAUGAAUUCCAAACCAAUUUGGUCCCCUAUCCUCGUAUUCACUUCCCUCUCGUCACUUACGCUCCCAUCAUCUCUUCAGCAAAGGCUUAUCAUGAGCAGCUCUCUGUUCAAGAAAUCACUAAUGCCUGUUUCGAACCCAACAAUCAAAUGGUCAAGUGUGAUCCUCGUAAUGGUAAAUACAUGUCUUGCUGUUUGUUGUACCGUGGUGAUGUUGUUCCCAAGGACACCAAUGCUGCCAUCAGCAGUAUUAAGACCAAACGUACCAUUCAAUUCGUCGAUUGGUGUCCUACUGGUUUCAAGGUCGGUAUCAACUGCCGUCCUCCCGCUGCUGUUCCUGGCGGCGAUUUGGCUACUGUUCAACGUGCUCUUUGUAUGUUGUCCAACACUACUGCUAUUUCUGAAGCUUGGGCUCGUCUUGACCAUAAGUUUGAUCUUAUGUAUGCUAAGCGUGCUUUCGUUCACUGGUACGUUGGUGAAGGUAUGGAAGAAGGUGAAUUCUCUGAAGCCCGUGAAGAUUUGGCUGCCCUUGAGAAGGAUUAUGAGGAAGUUGGCUCUGAUUCAUUAGGUGAUUCUGAAAUCGAAGAUGUUGAAGAAUAUUAAUUUGUUUAGCCCUAUAACUACCCUUCAUUCUGAGCUAUUUUACUCAAAGUCCAUUUUAUAACUGUCUUUCUUAGUUUAAAUGCUCAUGAAAGAAAUAAAAGAUGAAUCAUCAUUUUGUCAAAGAAU